UGAGGUUUGAUUUGGAUCACUCCGCGCCCUGGGCUACAGUUUUUCUCAAGCUAUGUAUGGAUUAAAAAUUGCAUUUGCUUUUCUGCUGUUGAACUUGAAACGUUCGAGUGGACAAUACGAUGCUUGUUAUACUCCCGACGGACAACCCGGAAUCUGUAUCCAAUACACCAACUGUGAUCUUAUCGUAAGCUUACUAGUUCAAAACUCACAGAAACCUGACCAAAACAUCCAAAACUACGUUCUACUCAGCAUCUGCGGAAACCGUGAAACUUCGCAGCUGGUAUGCUGCCCUGGCAUUCGAUUUUUACCUCUGACAACCACCGCUUCCAGUUCGUUCUUCUUCUCUAAUACACCACCCCCAGUCACCACAAGCGCAAAUAUCAAUACACCAGCACCAACUACACCAAGCUUAGGUCAAUAUAAGCUUCUAACGAAUGCAGCCGAUCGUUGUGGGAUGUCAAAUGCCUCGCAUGUACGAGUUGUGGGAGGAGUUGAUGCACAGCUCGGUGCUUGGCCUUGGAUGGCAGCCUUAGGUUACCGUUCGAGUAGCUACGACCCCACCGGAGGACCGAAAUUUCUCUGUGGAGGAACACUGAUCACAGCAAGGCACGUUCUCACGGCCGCUCAUUGCAUUCAACCUCAACUGUACUUUGUGCGGCUCGGUGAAUACGACAUCAAUUCGUCGAACGAUGGUGCCAAUCCUGUGGAUAUUUAUACCGAAAAAACUUUCGUCCAUGAGCAGUACAACGAAAAAACCAUCCAGAAUGAUAUCGCCCUAGUUCGGUUGCAGCAGAAUGCUCCGCUCUCCGAUAUGAUCAAACCCAUUUGUUUGCCGCUGGAUGAGUCUAUUCGUACACGUGAUCUAACCUACUAUUCGCCGUUUGUGGCUGGCUGGGGUACGACGUCGUUCCGGGGACCGACUGCCAACCGGCUUCAGGAAGUGCAGGUCAUUGUUCUACCCAUAGAUCAGUGCGCGUUCAACUACAAGCUCUACUUUCCGGAUCAAGUUUUCGAUAAUACAGUGCUUUGUGCUGGCUUUCCGGAAGGAGGACGUGAUUCUUGCCAGGGUGAUAGCGGAGGACCCCUGAUGUUGCCGCAGCUUUCUUACAACGGCCAGUACUACUACUACAACUUAAUCGGCAUAAUUUCCUACGGAUAUGAAUGCGCCAAGGCCGGUUUUCCGGGCGUUUACGUGAAGGUCGGACCGUACAUCCCGUGGAUUGAAGCUAAGCUGAAUCUGUGAAAUCGACCGCCAUCCCCCUCUCUUAUUACCCUUCAUCGAUUUGCAACCGAGGAACGUCGACGGUAUGAAUGAGCAAUUUUUAUUCCAACUGUAGCUAGAGGUACAUACAUAGAUUUGUCAUCAAUGGCCUUCCAAAUCCAUACGCAGCGCAGGUUUGUUCUAGACGAGUUUUCUGGCGGAUAUUCUGAUAAU